CCCCCCCCCCCCUCGCCCCUCCCCCCCCUCAGGCACUUUUCCCCUCUGGCUAUAACUCGGGAACCGCUGAAGAUAGGAAGCCGAGAGAGGGCUCAAACGAAAGGGCAACUGAAGAUCUACAACUUGGCCCCACCAGAGUCCAGGAUUUUGGAUCGGGAACACCGGGAGCCGGGAACACUUCGGGAAUUAGCCCCAUAAGGACAUCCCCGCAGGUCUUCUUCAUAAACCGCAAAGCCUUGCGGUUCCCAACAAAGACCUGCCCCCUCCCCCCCGUGGUCGCUUCCUCACCCCCCUAGGGCUAUCUCCGACACCCUUGGAGCUACAGAGUAGUGAGACGGCUCAUUAGAAUCGUCUCUGAAAUUCCAAGAGAUUGGCCCCGACGGAAUUGAGGAAGCGGACACCUGAACACCGGAGGAGUGAAGAAAGCUCCGGAAAACCAACAAAGCAGCACGACCACCAGCGCGCAUCCACCAUCUUCGCGGCAAGCUGCGGCAAGUACCAUUGGCGGUAGAUUAAGUUUUAGAUAUUAAGUUUAUUAGAUUUUAAAUAGUUUAAGAUAGAUUAAAUUUGUAAAAAAAAAAAAAAAAAACCGAGAUGUCGUCGUCCCCAUCCCCAGCGGCUGACUGUCAAGUCCGCGCCGAGAACAGCGGCGCCUCCAGCGAAGUGACAGGGGCACCGGCGGUCCCCAUCUCGCCGAUCACACGCCAGCCACUGGUUACGGGACAGCACACGACAGAAAAGGACAAGAGAGCUGUGCCAGGGCCCAGCAAACUACCCAAAACCUCCGCUCCCAAAAAGGCCAAAAAGGUGACCAAGAGCCCACCAAAAGGCGCCAUGGAAGUGGGAAGAAGCUGGGCACUGGCACAGUCAGCCAAAAAGAAAACAAAGACUGGAGGGUUGCGAAGAGCAGUGGUCAUAAAAGGCGCGCAAGCUGCAGCCAGAAGAGGCCAAAUAGACGAUGCCAGGAAUCUGGCGGACGUCUCGGUACUAGAGGCCUCGCAGAUAGACCUCACACAACCCCCUGACACACCAAACACUACUAACAUGACGCCCUCUUCUGCCGAAACAGGAGAGGAAAAACCUAACACCACAACCAUGACACCCUCUUCUGUCGAAACAGGAGAGGAAAAACACCUGACACACACGCCAACAGGGGAAGUACCACCCACGACUCCGAAGUCACCGGAAACCCCAGAGCCGCCAAUGCCCACUCAUGCCCCCCCAAAACAUGAUCACUACUCGAUAGUGAUCUCCACCACCUCCGCACAGCAAGAGGAAUCGCCAGAGUCCGAAGCCAGCGACUCGCAAGAGAAGCUGAGCAAUCCAGUGGCGUGGGAGGAGGAGAGGCCAGAGGCAGGCUGGGCAUGGCAUGGUGAAGAGUUUGCCGAAAGAAGGCAGAGCAUACUCCCCCCCCUCGGACCACACAGGGGAGUAUCUAAAGACAUGGCAACAGACGCAGCCAGAGAUUACUACCAGAAGGGGAAGGACGCGGUAGAAAGCUCAAAAACCCUGAAAAGGGAAUUAAGAGCGACCGCUGUGGAGUGCAUGGGCAAUCUCUUUGAGAUUGUCCUCGCCCUGGCCGAAUCCAGAAGCAGGCACCGCCUGAACCUGGAGUUGGAACGGACGAGGGCAACAAAAUACAUGGUGAGUGUAGAGAGAGCCCAUCAAAAAGCCCUCCAGGACCAACAGGCAAAGUUUGACGCAAGGCUCAAAGAGAUGCUGGAGUCUCUAAAAGGAACUCAAAGCUCUGUCGAGAACGUACAGAGCUGGCUAAAUUUCGAGAUGGACGGAGUGGUCACCAAAUCGGUGAAGACCGUCCACCUCGAGAUGGGCCAAAAGUCCACACCAGCGCCAAACAAAAAGCCAAAACGCGCCAGACUAACAAGGCGCCACCCCCUGAGGAGUAAUCGGGCAGCGAAGCCUAAGCUGUCGGAGAAGCUACAGGACCUAACAAACACGGUAGGAUCUCUAGUUCACGAGGUGCACUAUCUAAAGACCGACACCACCACCAUCAGGGAGCGAAGUGAGGUAACUCCCCAAUCUCCCACACAGCAAGAGACCGAUGAGUCCUCCUUCAAAGGCAUAAAGGAGGAGGUAAAGGAGCUGAGGCUGGAGAUGGAGCGUAUGCUCCGAGAAAUCCGAAGCCUCAGACCAGUCUCGAAAGAGGAGAUCGGGGAUGAAAUCCGAGAGGUCACCGCCCCCCUGAUGACCAAGGCAAAGAGAAUCCUCGAUGGUGUAGAAGAGGUAAAAGAUGUAGCUCUCUCCAACUCGGCAAACAAUACCGGCCCAGGACUCGGAGCUGAACUGGCAAUCGCCGACACCGCUGCCCAAAUUGAGGGAAUGCUAAACCCGAUAAGGGCGGAGGUGUCGGAGAUAGCCACAAACAGCCGAAAAACUAUGGAGUGGUACAACUCCUCAGUUAAAAACGCUGCAAUCCCAACGGCUCCUCCAAUGCCCAAACAGCAAGCAAGAGACUAUGCCGCCGUGGCUAAAACACCAAAGCCACAAAAGAACCCCAACCACACACUGAUAAUCUCUAGCACGGACCCAACCAAUACGGGAGAGAAAGUGCUGGAGAUAAUCACACAGACGCUGGACUUUAAAAAUACCGGCGUCAUAGUGGACAGGGUAAGGAAGGCGAGGAACAGCAAGAUCCUGCUGAGCUGUGAGGAUAAAGAGGACGCCAGGAAAUUGCAGUCCCAAAUUAAAAAAAACGCAUCCCUGAAAGUUCAGGAGGCAAAGCCACAAAACCCCCUAAUCAAGGUGAAUAACAUCAUGGCGUACCUGAAGGAUGAGGAGAUGGUCGAGCACAUUAAGGCCCAAAACAGGAAACUGUUUGAAAAACUUCCUGGCGACCAACAACACAUCCGAUUAAGGUACCGAAAGCGAGCAAGGAACCCGCUACAGUGCCACGCAGUAUUCGAGGUUGCACCCUUACUCCACAAGCGCAUGCUUGAGGAGGGAAAGAUCCAUAUUGCAAUACACAGGAGAGAUGUAGAGGAUCAAUCCCCCCUCGUGCAGUGCGCCAAAUGCCUAGGGUUCGGACAUCCUAAAGCACUCUGCCGGGAGUCGGCGCAGUAUUGCAAUUACUGCGGCGGCGCCCACUCCUGGCAGGAGUGCAGAACCAGGCAGGAGGAAAGGCCUCCAAAGUGCAAAAACUGCAAGGACGCCAAGGCACACGACAUCUUCCCCCACAUGGCAUUCAGCGAAGAGUGCCCAGAGCGCUUAGUGUGGGACAGAUUAGCGCGUUCUAAGAUAGCGUAUUGCUAA